GAAUUCUAGGAUCAUCCCAAAAGAAACUAUCUCAGAGAUAUUCUGGAACCAACCAAAAGUAUUUGAAACAUUCCUGAAAGAUUCUUCGAGAGAUAGAUUCUCAAAGCCACAACAGUAGAAUUCUGAUGCGAAUUCGGAAGUAUUCAGGAACCGUUCCAGUAAGAUUCUAAGAACAUCCCAAAACGGUUCUGGAACAAGUCUGAAAAUAUUUUGGCAAAAUCCCGGCACGAUUCUGGAAAUAUUCAUGAAUGAUUCUGGAUGCUUCCUAGAAAUUUUAAUGGAAAUAUAUGUGAUUAUUUCAGAAUGAUUCCCAGGGAAAUUCUUGAAGCGUCUCAUAACGGAUGCGUAACCAUCCCUGAAAGAUCCUGACACCAUCCCAGAAGUAUGCUGGGAACAUUCUGGACGGAUUCUUGAACGGCUUCACAAGUACUCUGAAACCAUACCAGAAACUUUUUAGCUAUUCCGUAAGGAUUUUAGAACCUUCUCAGAAAGAUUGUCGAUAUUUCAUACAUGAACUUCAUCCCAGAACAUGAACAGCAUUCCAGAAAGAUUUCAGAAUUGUUGGAUCACAGCAAUCAAUGGAUUUACACGUCAACUGAAUAAUACCCUAAAUACGAAUUUAUCAUCAUAGCAGCCUUUGCUCCACUAUAUAAGCAGAGGAAUCUGCACUGGUUGAUUCAUUCUAAGUUUGGCUUCCAAUAAAGCAACUACUACAUAAGAACUACAAGAAAAGCAUUUUCAUUCCGGAAGUUACCGGACAUAUCAAUUUGGCGACGAGAUUUCAAGAACCCGAAGCAAUGGCAGACCUUCAGCAAGCAAUACUCCAGAUGGCGGAACUCCUACAGAAGCUGGCGCAACCAACACCCAGUAACCCGGAGCAAACCCUAGAAGCCUUGGCUACGAACAUCAGUGAGUUUUCUUUCCAUCCGGAAAAUGGAAUUACUUUUGACAAGUGGUACAGCCGGUACGUGGACCUCUUUGAUUCGGAUGCCAAGAAUCUGGAAGAUGCCGCCAAGGUACGAUUGCUGCUAAGGAAGUUGGAUACACCCUGCCUCGCACACCCGAUACGUCAACUACAUUCUGCCGAAGCUUCCCAAGCAUGUCAAUUUUGCGGACACCGUCGAAAUCCUCAAGAAAAUUUUUGGAGCUCAAACCUCAACAUUCAACAAGCGUUUCCACUGCCUGCAGCUUGUCAAGUCAGAAGCCGAAGACAUUAUCAGCUACGGAGGCAAGGUGAAUCGUGCAUGUGAGGAUUUCGAUUUCAAAAACAUGAAAAUUGACCAAUUCAAGUGUUUGGUGUUUGUCUGUGGUCUGAAAGGUCAUAGUUACACCGACAUCCGAACCAAGCUACUUUCCCGGAUCGAAGACGAGACACCAGAAAAUCCCGUUACUCUCCAGAACCUCAUUGACGACUAUCAACGGCUCAUCAAUUUGAAGGCGGACACAUCCAUCAUCGAGCAUCAAUCAAGUUCGAAAUCAUCAGUGCACGCCGUCCAGGAGAAGAAGGGAAAUUCACGUCAACAGCAGUCUUCGAAGCCGGAAGGUAAAGUUCCUCGUACACCUUGCUGGCAAUGCGGCCAAAUGCACUAUGUUCGGGAUUGUCCUUUCUCGGAUCAUCAGUGCAAACAGUGCAAUCGUGUUGGCCACAAGGAAGGCUACUGUGGAUGCCUGUCCAAGCCGAAGUCAGUUCCAGCCAAGGAGAAACAAUCAAUGAACAAGUCCAAGAAAUUCCGUCAAGCGAAAACCCGUGGCGUUUACAUAGUGAAUCACAUCGCUCAACACUCCAGCAAACGGAAGUACGUGCCCACAUUCAUCAACGGCGUGGCAACCAAGCUACAACUGGAUACAGCAAGCGACAUCACAGUGAUCUCACAGCAAACAUGGAACUACCUCGGAAAACCAGCGAUCAAGAAACCAACGAUUGAAGCGAUGAAUGCGUCCGGAAAACCGCUCCAAUUGCUAGGAGAAUUCCAGUGCGAAGUCAGUAUCAACGGUAAGACUGCUGAAGGAAGAUGUUUCGUCACAACGGCUGCAAACCUCAACCUGCUGGGCAUUGACUGGAUCGAGCUGUUCCAGCUGUGGUCGGUUCCCAUCGAUUCGGUCUGCAAUCAAGUCAGGACGAAGACGAUCGAUCAGCAAAUCCGUGAAUUCCAAGUGAAGCACAAGGACGUUUUCGACGAUUCUCUGGGGCAUUGCAAGAAAAUGAAGGUGAAGCUUUUCCUGAAGCCGGAUGCAAAGCCUGUUUUCUGCCCCAAGCGGCCAGUUCCUUUCAACACCGUUCCAUUGGUCGAUGCCGAACUCACAAGAUUACAAACGUUGGGCACCAUUGAACCCGUCGACUUUUCCGAGUGGGCUGCUCCUAUUGUGGCAGUACGCAAACCAAACGGCCGAGUUCGCAUCUGCGCAGACUACUCAACGGGACUCAACGAAGCACUCGAGGCCAAUCACUACCCGCUUCCGACGCCGGAGGAAAUAUUCGCGCAGCUCAACGGCAGUACCGUCUUCAGCAUAAUUGAUCUUUCCGACGCGUACCUGCAGCUUGAAGUAGAUGACGACUCCAAGAAGCUCCUCACCAUCAAUACCCAUCGUGGACUGUUCCGGUUCAACCGCCUCGCUCCAGGGGUAAAAUCAGCACCGGGGGCAUUCCAACGCCUGGUGGACGGAAUGAUUGCGGAUAUUCCUGGUGUACGAACAUUCAUCGACGACGCUAUCGUAUUCAGCAAGGACAUGAAGUCACACGCAGAAUCACUCAAUCUGCUCUUCAAGCGCCUCAAGGAGUACGGUUUCCACGUUAAACCUGAGAAGUGCCGAUUUUUCCAAACUCAACUCGGUUACUUGGGACACGUAGUGGACAGUCAGGGCAUCCGCCCUGAUCCGGAGAAAGUGAAGACCAUUGCAGCCAUUCCACCUCCAACCAACGUUCCGGAACUACGGUCCUAUCUUGGAGCUAUCAACUUCUACGGACGAUUCGUGCGCAACCUACACGAAUUGCGCCACCCGAUGGAUCAGCUGUUGAAGAAGGAAUCAAAAUGGCAAUGGACUCCACAAUGCCAGGACGCUUUUGACAAGUUCAAGAAAACACUUCAAUCAAACUUGCUCUUGACACACUACGAUCCAAAACUACCGAUCAUCGUAGCAGCUGAUGCAUCAAACACAGGGAUCGGCGCGGUUAUCUUUCACCAGUUUCCCGAUGGCAAAAUGAAGGCAAUACAGCACGCUUCAAGAACGCUCGCACCUGCGGAACGGAACUAUGGACAACCGGAGAAGGAGGCACUGGCGUUAAUAUAUGCGGUAACGAAGUUCCUUAAAUACUUGCUCGGUCGGCAUUUCACACUACUGACGGACCACAAACCACUGCUGUCCAUCUUCGGUUCCAAGAAAGGUAUUCCGCUACACACUGCAAAUCGACUACAACGAUGGGCACUCACAAUGCUGAACUACGAUUUCGAGAUUCAAUAUGUAUCAACGAACGAUUUCGGAUGUGCAGAUUUGCUGUCACGGCUCAUCAACCGAACCAAUCAGCCAGAGGAAGAAUACGUAAUCGCAGCGGUCAACCUUGAGGAAGAUCUUUCAAGCAUUCUCUCCGACGCAGCAGAAAAGGUUCCGGUUUCGUUUGCAGCACUGCGGAAGGCUACAUCAACAAACACCACACUCCAAACCGUUUCUAAACACAUCCGUGAAGGUUGGCCAAACUGUUCCAAGGAUCUCCCCAUUGCAGUUCAACCGUACUAUCACAGACGCGAGUCACUCACCAUUGUCGACGGAUGCAUAAUGUUUGGCGACAGAGUUGUCGUUCCUGACGAAUUUCGACGAAGGAUCCUGAAGCAAUUUCAUCGAGGUCAUCCGGGAAUAGUUCGCAUGAAGUCCAUAGCAAGGAGUUUUGUAUACUGGCCUGGAAUCGAUCAAGAAAUUGAGGACUACGUCAAGCGCUGUACACCGUGUGCAACGGCAGGAAAGGCUCCUACAAAGACAACAUUGGAAUCCUGGCCUGUACCUUCAAGACCCUGGUCGAGGAUUCACAUCGAUUACGCUGGUCCAGUGGAUGGAGUCUAUUUCCUCGUGAUAGCAGAUCCCUACUCCAAGUGGCCAGAAGUUCAUGUAACCAAGUCAACGACAGCAAGAGCAACAAUCAAAUUACUGAAUCAAACCUUCGCUACAUUCGGUGUUCCAGAGGUACUCGUGUCAGACAACGGAACCCAAUUUUCAAGUCACGAAUUUCAAACUUUCUGCACCAGUCAAGGAAUCCAUCACAUUCGCAUCGCUCCAUAUCACCCGCAAUCAAAUGGACUAGCUGAAAGAUUCGUGGAUACUUUGAAGAGAAGCCUCCGCAAGAUUCGCUCAGGGGGAGAAACACUAGAAGAAGCACUGUGCACUUUCUUGCAAGUAUAUCGCUCAACGCCCACCAAUGACCUGGAAGUUAGAUCUCCGGCGGAAAUCAUGUUCGGAAGACCUAUUCGUACCAUACAAGCCAUGCUCAGACCGAGUGAACGUGGAACCGCAUCCAGGAACAGGAAAAAGCAAAACGACGCCUUCAAUAAGAAGCACGGUGCAGUCCAGAGGAAUUUCCAGCACGGCGAUUCCGUGUAUGCCAAGGUUCAUUCAACGAAUUCCUGGAGAUGGGAACCAGCAACCGUAAUUGAGAAAAUCGGGAACGUUAACUACAAUGUGUUCCUGAACGAUCAACAACGUUUAAUACGGUCCCACACCAAUCAACUCAAGAGUCGUGUUCCAGACAAGAGUCCAAAGAACCAAUCAUCUGCACUUUCCAUAUUCUUCGAUGGAUUUGGAUUAACGGUCCCGACAGAAGCUCCAGCGGAUGUCGCUCCUCAAGUUCAACCUGCAAUUCAACCGCUUGAUGACCCACCUCUCAAUAAUCUGGAAGAUUCUAUCUUGACGGAUGAUAUGUCGGAUGGAGAAGCUGCUGGAACCGAUGAAACCGAGGAUGAACCGAUUCCGGCUCCGAAUGCAAUUGAUGAACCACAACCAGCCCAACCUGAGAUUCCAAUACUAGAAAGAGGACGACGCAUGAUUCAACUACCAGCCCGGUUCAAGCCCUAUUGGAUGACGAAACCUUAAGGGGGGAAAUGUUGGAUCACAGCAAUCAAUGGAUUUACACGUCAACUGAAUACAACUGUAAUACCCUAAAUACGAAUUUAUCAUCAUAGCAGCCUUUGCUCCACUAUAUAAGCAGAGGAAUCUGCACUGGUUGAUUCAUUCUAAGUUUGGCUUCCAAUAAAGCAACUACUACUUAAGAACUACAAGAAAAGCAUUUUCAUUCCGGAAGUUACCGGACAUAUCAAGAAUCAUUCCAGAAAAAUUAGGCAAUUUCAUUUAAGAAUCCUGGGACUGCAUAUUUCACAAGGAUACAAGGACCAUCCCAGACUCAGACAGAUGUUUAAAGUUUCCCAGAGUAAUUCUUGAAGUUCCUGAAUACCCGAAGCACAGACAAACAGACGUAACACUUAGAACAAUUUUCGUGGAAAUCCAUCACCUGGUGGAAAAGUUGCACGAAUCACUGUGUUGUGCAAUAUCGUCAACAGAGGGCGCUAGUGUGAAACGUCAAACGCAUAGAAAAACAAUUCGCGCGCCUCUGGUUGUGAAAGCCACAACUAUGAAAAUUUAAAAAGAUCGUUAAAAGC